AUGUAUGAUAAUAUCACAGCAUCAGAAGAUGAGAGUCCAACUGAUAUACCAGAACCACAACCAGUUCAACAACCACGACCACACAACAGAAAUACUUAUAGAUCAGCACAUGCCAGACAUAAACGAAAUCGCAAACGUCACAGAAAACAAAAUCAACUUCAAUCACAAUCCAACAUUCAACGAAGUUCUUAUCGAACAUUCAAUAUAUCAAUGAUUAAAUCUAUUCUGAAGGACUACGGUAUACCAUAUGCAAAAGUAAUCACUGCUGGUUGCAGUGCAACAAUUACACUUAAAAAUCAACAAUAA